UGAGAAAAGAGCCCUCACCAUGGAAAGAAGUGAACCAAUACCCUACGAUGAACAAGGCCGCGGUCAUUUCGAGAAUACCAACCAUGUCCAUGACCUCAAUGCUGUGCUGAACGACCAGCGUCAGAACGGGGAGUUUCUUGAUGUAGUGAUAAAUGUACAGGACAAGAGGUUUCCCUGUCAUCGGGCUGUCCUGGCAUCAACGCCAUACUUCAAAGCCAUGCUGUCCUCUGACUUCGCAGAGCAGAGGAUGUCAGAAGUAACGCUGCACGAUAUUGACUCCAGCAGCUUCUCCAAGAUCCUGGACUUCCUGUAUACCGGGAAAAUCUCCGUCGGUAUAGACGACGUCCAGGACAUUCUGAAGGCGGCAGACAUGCUGCGGAUUGACAACAUCUUUCUGUGUUGCGAAGCCAUCAUUGAAGAGAAAUGUUGGCCGUCAAACUGCAUUGGUGUGAUGCGCAUCGCCGACAUGUAUGGGUUUUCUGACAUUGGUAAAGUGGCCAGAAGGGAGACAUUGACUUACUUCUCAGAGAUGGCAGAAAAUGAAGAAUUUCUUACCCUUACAGAGGAGGAGCUCUUGGAUCUACUCAAAGACAAAGACCUAUGUGUUACAAAUGAAGAAGAAGUGGUUGAUUCUGUGAUACGAUGGCUCGACCACGAUCACGAAAGCCGCAGGACAGCGAUAGUCGCCAUCUUUCGAGAGAUCCGAUUAAUGUCCAUGCGAGUCAGUGCGCUGAUGAAACUAGAGUCGCAUCCUGUUAUACUGGACUAUCCUGAAUGUCUGGCAAAAAUCACAGCGGCCAAAGAGAUGCACCUCGCCACUACAUCGCAAGCUAGCGCAAGUGCAGAGGUAGAUGAGGCUGAAGUUAGGCCAAUUAGGCUCGGUAAGUCAGACGAUCUGGCAAUUCUUGUCAGUGGUUGGAAGGCCGACGAUAUUUAUCGUGACGAAUACCCUACACUGACGACACCCUUUCAAAGUGUGAUUUGCUUGGAUCCAGACGACUCUUGGGCCAAUCAAGAGGGAUGCCACCACGUCACAAACCUGCCAACGACCGUCUCCAGUUACAUGAGUGUCACAAGUGCAGAACGGCGUUUGUACCUAACAGGUGGGCGUGCCCAUCCUUUGGGUGUCCAUUCUUUGGUAGGCCAGCAGGGUCCCCAGAGUGCUCCAUCCACACAGGCCUUUCGGUACGACUUCCCAACAGACACUUGGACAAUUUUACCCGAUAUGCCUCGCGCAAGGGCAGGGCAUCAGUCAGUAGUCGUUGGUGGUAAAUUGUUUCUGGUUGGGGGUGAUACUGACGACACGCCUGCGUUCAGCAUGGACUGCUACGAUCUUCAAGAAGAAGCUUGGAUAAAGCCACCAGGUGUACAAAUGCCAGAUAUAGCCCCUUCAUCAGAAUUCACAGUAACGGCCUGUGGGAGUAAGCUUGUAAUCGCCCACGAGUUUUCAAAACUGAGUCACGACUCGUAUGAAAGAAGAGACCUCCGUGUUCAUGGGUUUGACGUGAAAACUUUUGAUUGGCUUUGCUCUGAUAUUUGGAUUCGGUGUCCCUGUGAAGGUGUUUGUAAGUUGAUGACUUCAGUUGAGGAUGAAAAUGUGCAUAUCCUUCUUCAUCAUUACCCGCAAUCGUCAUCCAGCAAUAUGAAAAACCAGUGUGAAAUGUUCGUCUAUGAUGUUGAAAAGGGAACCCUAUCUGACUCAAGACUUGAGGAAGAAGGAGAUUUGACAGGGAACUUCUGCCGUAUACAGUACAUGUACGAAAACGACGCCUUCCAAUUCAGGAACAGUCGAGAAUGCCAAGAAGACCUCAGUGCCGCCAUAGUCUACUACGGGUAUAUAAAAGACAACGAGUUCGAAGGCAUCUAUAAUAGAUCGUUUCGCCUACCGGGUUUUGCUUUGUCUGGUCAUAGUUUGGUUGCAACCAAGAAGAGUAGCAUCGGGUGGUAUUGCAGGGAUCUUCACAGAUUAGAGCGGCGGCGGCGGUCAUGGGAAAUCAACAAUGAAAACAAUGACUGA